CGUCUGUAUUUUUUUUCUUUUUUUUUUUUACCAGGGCUUUGGUUUAAACUAACUCUUCUGCAUGUGGAACAGCUUGAGGUUUUGUACCUGAGUUCAGCAGGUGAUGGAACUGCAGAGACCUGACAUUGAAUCAGUUGGAAAUGAAAGCUUGGAGAACUGGCAGUUAAUUGACUCUGGUGGAUUUGGUCAAGUCUUCAAGGCUAGACACAAGAAGUGGAGGUGUGACGUGGCCAUUAAGCUACUUCAACAUGCUGCUGGGACUAGGGACACAGAACUGUAUAAGGAGGCUAGUCAUAUGGCCAAAGUCUCCUUACACAGUUCUGUGCUAAGGCUUUAUGGAAUAUAUAGGGGAUGUCCACCAAAUGGAGGGCGGGACAUUCAGUUGGGAAUUGUUAUGGAGCUCAUGGAUAGAGGAUCUGUUCAGACCCUGCUGGAGACUUUGUCAGGUCCACCACCUUGGCCUCUGGCCUUCCGCUUGGCCUACGAAAUCGCUCAAGGAAUGAACUUCCUCCAUGAGAAGAACAUUUUGCACCAUGACCUAAAGCCAAGCAAUGUACUGCUGGAUGAUGACCUUCAUGCCAAGCUGGCAGAUUUUGGUCUGUCCAGGGUUUCCACCAGUGUUCUGAUGAGCUCUGAAGAAAUGUCCACAGUGAAAGGAGGCACAUAUCAGUACAUGCCUCCAGAGUCUUUUGAUCUAUCAUAUAAGCCUGUUCGUAAAUUUGACAUAUACAGCUAUGGUAUUCUUCUGUGGUCUAUUAUUUGCGGAAAAAAGCCUUUUCCAGAUGCUACUCAAGCUCUUUUGGCACUGAAGAUCCCAAUGGGGGACAGACCUCGCUGUAAUGAAAUAGACCAGACAAAGGCAGAAGGGCUGAGAGAGCUGGUUGGCCUCAUGGAGAGGUGCUGGGAUGGAGAUCCAUCCAAGAGGCCAGACUUUGGAGAGUGUGAUGAAAUCACUAAGGAUGUGUUCUCAAAGCACAGGGCGGGGAUUCACGAUGCAGUCGGACAAGUCAAGAAAAAAUUGGAUUCACAACAUGGUAAUCAAUAUCCUGACACAUGUGGUCCACCCGGUGUUAAUCAUGAGAUGCCAGGACAGUCAGAGUCAAAUGAUAAUGUUGAUGCAAGAACUGAAAUGCAGAAUAUGCAACUUGGUCAUCAGCAUUCCAACAUGUCAAGUCCAUCUGGUUUUAUUGCUGAGAUGCCAGGACUGCCAACAUCAAAUGAUACUGUGGACAUCCCAUUGCAGAAUAUGCAUCUUGGCCAUCAACAUUCCAACACGUCAAGUCCAUCUGGUUUCACUGCUGAGAUGCCAGGACCGCCAGCAUCAAAUGAUACUGUGGACAUCCCAUUGCAGAAUAAUGUGAGCAGUUCUGCUAGAAAUCUGACUGAAAAUGAAAAAGCAAAGUUUGUUGAUAAAAACAGGGCAAAGUUAAUCCAAGAAGUUUCUGAAGUCCUGGCGAUAGCGGAAGAGCUUGGAGACCUGGUCCAUCCUGAAGCCUAUUCAAAGAUUGAAGCUACACCGACAAGCCAGGAAAAAAUGAGGGUGCUCUUUCAAAGAACACUGCGUUCAGGAGGGGGGAAGGCCAAAGCAGCCUUCUUUGAUGCCCUUAAAAAACAUCAUCCAAAACUAGUGGAGAGGCUUGGUGGCUAAUUCAAAGGAAGAGAAAGAGGAAAAAAGGAAGAAAAAGAAGAGACAGUGGUGUCAAUCCUAUAAUCAUCCCAUUUAUUAGGGAUGAAUUGGACAGCCUUAUCAGGAUCCUUUGUACAGAUUUGAAUACAAAGUGAAUGACACCGGUUUCCUAGACAGACUCUCUUUGUUGUCCUGUUACUAAGAAUCUUCACUCUAAAAGAAAGAGGGACGUGAGAGACAAAUAAAAAUCCAGCAAGCAAGAACGCGCCACACCUAUUAACACCAGCUGAAACAGCAAACCAUCAUGGGAUAUGAGUGAAUACUCCUCAGUUUACUUAAAGAAAGGGGUUUGCUUAAUGCUUGACACAGAUCAUUGUCCUAUCAUGCUUUGCAAGCACUAGUUCUUUCUGCUUUCAAAGGAUUGUGUUGGACGUUAAUAGUCUGCAUUAAAAAAAACAUUUUAAUAGGGCUUUUUAAUAUUUUACUGUUAAACCUUCUUACAAGGAUCUGUAUUUUAUCAACAUGUUUAGACAUAAAAACUAAAUUGAUAUGUAUUUGCCCACUCAGUGGAAUUGCUUAUUUUGUACUCUAUACACAGAUGUUCUGCUGAUUUUACUGUAAAUGAUCAUAUGUCUCUCUGUUAAUGAUAAUAAACGUGUGCUACCCA